GCCGGAAUCUCGCGCGAAGCCUCGCCUCGCCGAAAGCAUCAUCAUGUCAGUGGUCGCCCUCGCCGCUGUGUGCCUCGGCCUCUACACCGUACGCCGUGCUGACGGCCAAGAAGAUUGCUUCAAAACAAAUAUUUGUAGGUGUACGCAGGCCACACGGCACAACAGCAACACACGACUUAUCCGCCCUUGCGUGUGUUGCUGUUGCCUUCGUGCAGGCGUGAUAGCCGGCGACACCUUUGCCCGUCCCGAAGGUGAUGUGGUGGCAGCCGACGACCUGAUUGCCAGGGACGAUCUGGUUGCCGAUGACGAUGUGGUUGCCAAGGACGAUCUGCGAGUUUUUGGUGACGAGGUGCGGGCCCUAAAUGCGGAAGUUAGAGCCAGAAGUAAGCAACAAGCAGCGAGUCCUGUCGCCCGCUUGUGGACGUGCUUGUCUUCCAGGCGUGACUGUCGGUUAUCCUGACAUUACCCUCUUCUGGUCCGCUCUUGGCGAGGAUGGCGAAGUCGUGGCAGAGAGCGUCGUAUCCGCCCCUCGCAUCCGUUCGUAUAACGAUCCAUUAAGAGCUCAGUCACCCGCCCUUUUCAGAGAGCGUCUGAGCGUGAUGGACGGGGGGGACAUUUCGGCGGGGAACAGCAUCACUGUCGGCAGGCCUGACCCUGACCUGAGGCCAGGCAUAACUCGCGGAGAGGGCAACAUCGUGGCACAGAACACCGUUCUGGCCCAGGACAUCUCUGCGCUUGGAACCAUCAGCGGAGAAGACGGGUGCAGCUGCGGCGGGCUGACUAUUCCAGGGGACGUUGAGCUGAGCGCCACCGACAACCAGCCGCCGGCAAGCUUCGCAGAGUGGGGCGGGAGGAACCGAUCAUCUGCUUACGAGGCCUUCAGGCAGCUGCCUGUCCACACCAACCCACACAACAGGCUGACGCUGGCCGCCCAGGACGUCAGCCGCCUCUUCCCAUCGGCAGUGGGGGCUUACGAAGACAAUCAUCAGCCGAAGAAGGGCGGCAAGGGGCGGCCGACGAAGCGCACGACCAUCGAUCUGACCCAGCUAAUCUUCACGCAGAUGUCCGUCAUCCAAGACCUCCAGGCCCGUGCGUCUGUCAUCCCUGACCUCCAGGCCCGCAUCGCCCGUCUGGAGAAUGCGCUUGGCGGACACCAGGGUAGCAUCAAGGCACACACAAUAGCCAAAGGAGCUCACGUGUCUGUCUGUCUGUCUGUCUGUCUGUGUCUGUGUCUGUGUCUUUGUGGUUGGUGCAGGCCGAGGCGGCAAGAAGGGCAAGGGCGCCGGUGGCCCACCCUCAGUUGCUGGCGGGAAGGGCGGCAACAAGUGAGAUGUCUAUGUGUCUGAGUGAGUGAGUGAUGAGUGAGUGUGUAUACAUACCCUUUCUGUGUUCACAAGUGCGCACUUGUAUUGCAUUGUAUGUUAUGGUAUGGAUCGUGUGGUGAGACAGAAGCGCUUUUCUCUGAUGCCCUGACUGACUGGAGAGAGAGGCGAACCAAUGGAGGGAGGGGGGCCUGGUUUGCCUGGGCUCAUCACGAGUCUGUGUGUCUGUGUGUCGACAUAGUUGUGUGAGUGCCGCUGUACACUUCAUAUGUACUGGACGGCAGCUGUCCGUGUCCUUGUCCGGCGGGAGAGAUAGGUGCGUGCAGUGCUAGGUCAUCCAUCGCAGAGAGGGCAGCGAGGAGGGGGGCGGGACCUGCGUAUGCGGUGAGUCUAAGCAUCUCUUGGGGUGUCUCUAGAUCAUUUAUUUGUCUGCCAAUGUGCACAUCCUACUCGUAUAUUUGUGCCGCUGGCUGCAUCCAUCGCAUGUGUGUCGGCUCACGAAUCAAUCGCAUGGGACAGAAUUCUCCUCCGUCUUGGCUGAAGGGAGAGGCAAGGGGAGAGGAAGAUGGUAAGGGCAAGGUCGGUGCCAUGCCGACAUUCGGCCGUGGCAUGGCAACUUGGCGGCAUUGCCCACCUUGUUCGCGCAUGGGUUGCUCUGAAUUUCGGUAUGCAUUCAGUUUGAUUGUGGACGUGUGGUUCGGUCGGGUUGUAGUUUAUGUGUGUCCACAGACAGCAGUGAUUCGUGUGUAUGCGUGGCGGGUGCCGGUGGCCUGCCUUCUCUCUCCACCCUGAUCAAUUUGUUUUGCCUUUUGGCUGUGUGUGUGGUGUGGGGAAGUAGGGCCUGCCUGCUGCCAUUGACCUGCGUGUGUGUGCGGUUGCUGCAGUCAGUGUGCAGACGUCGUGUGGUGACUGUGUGCGCAUUCGUGAGUACAAGUGCACCAAGCCGCCAAAUGGUUCUGUCCACUCAUGCCACACAAGUCUCAUGCUACGUCCCGUGAUGAGUACGCUCAACACAGAGAGAGACAGAGGGAGAGAGACAUCCUGUGAUGAGUACGGGGGAAUUUGUUACGGGGUCUGCACCGAGCCCAUAAAUCAAGAGCAUUCCCAAC